UCUAUCGCACUGGUCUGCAGCAUCAUGGACACAGAAUACUCUAAGAGAGUCUACCAAGGUGUUCGAGUCAAGCACACGGUGAAAGACCUAUUGGCGGAGAAACGAUCACGGCAGACCAAUGGCCCAAGAUAUAGUGGAGGAGCCACCACGCCACCAUCAUUUGUUCAAAUGCCAGGAUCUCACAUGCUGCCUGGCUACUACGGGAUGAGACGUCCCUUCACCUCUGACUCUGAGUUCUGCCCCUCAACCAAGCAAUACCCCACUGAAGUCUAUUCCUCCAGUCUGGGGGGUAAACCUCUGGGCUGUGAACCCUCCGCUGUGGCUGGCUACUCCCCCUUCAUCGAUGGCUACUACUCUGAGACCUUUGGGGACUACCGUAGCGCCACGGCCUUCUCCAGCACAAACGGGUCCAUCUUCCCCUCUUCAGCGCUCUCCUCACUGCUCCCUCCCUUCCCCGGAGAUUCCUCACAUUUAUUUCUGAGGGACUCGUGGGAGCAGUCAGUACCAGACUCGGUGUCCCAGGUCGAAGGGCUCUGUCCUGACAAUCUGACUUCUGUUAGCGUCCCUGCCUCCAUGCCCAGUCCAGAGCCCCCAGGGAGCCCAUCCCAGUACCGUUCCCCCAGUCGAGGUUCCUCCAUUGGCCCCCCUCCCACCACAACCACCCAGCCCUACACCUUGCAUUCCCUAGAGGACAUUCAUUACCACCCCUUAACCACAAGCUCCUACGUUGCCCCUACCCCUGCCUCCUUCCCAUGCCCUUCCUAUAUGACCGGCAGUGUCAGUGACCUGGUAUCUAAGAUGGCCCCAAUGGUCCCAGAAGAGACUGAUGGCCAUGGCAGCCUCCCCUCCCACAGUGACACUCACUCCUCCUGGGCCAAAGAAGAUGGUGGCACUUCCUGGUCACCUUAUGAGAUGAGGAGGUCUUAUUGACAGGAUAAGGGACCUUGUGGUGGAGAAACUAUAAUGGGUGGAGGUUUUGCACACUAUGGUUUGUUUAUAAAUGCAAAUUCGGAUUAGAUGCUGGAUUUGAGAAAAUGGACAUGCUUGUGUUUACAUGUCACUCUGUCAAAAGGACCCUGACUAUAGUUGACACAUUAAGUACAUAAUCAGACCUCAACACUAAGGAGCAUGUCCCUGGUGACCCUUGUGGGUCAACUCAUGACUUAAUGUUUUCUUAAUUGAAGCUUGUUUCAUUAAAGCAGCACCAGGUACCUUUUUUACAUAUCAUCAUCAAAUUAAUUUGGGCCACAUACUGUGAUGGCUAUGGGAGAAUGACAUAACCUCUGUUCAUACAUUUUGUCUGUGAAUGGGUGUGAAACACUCCCCGGAAGUAUAGGCACUGCUUCAUGUCACACAUGAAGGUAGAGCAAUUUUACUUUGCCUUGUCUGUGACCAUUGCUCCUUUUCUGUCUGCAGUAGUCUUUUUGAGAUACAGCUUGUGAAUAAAUGCACGU